UCAUAAUAAUAAUGAUAAUGAUAAUCCAUUACAGCAGCAGCAGCAUCAACAACAACAAACAAAUGGAAAUUUUUAUACACAAAAUUUACAACAUCACCAUGGUAUCACCUCUAGAAGCGGCAAUAAUGAUCCACAACAACAACAACAAUCUACAUCAACAUCAACAUCAACAUCAUCAUCGUCGUCGUCGUCGUCGUCGUCGACAUCAUCAUCUGGACAACCGCAGGCUCAACAACAAGGUCAACAUCAUUUUCAUGGAAACGAUAGUGGUGGUCACCAUCAUCAUAUAGUGUUGGAUCAUGGAUCCACAACCUCAUCAUCGACAACGGCAACUUCAUCAUCGACUACUAAUUCGAUUACAAAUAUUCAUCAUCAUGGAUCAUCACCAUUCCAUCAACAACAACAGAAUUCAUCAACAAUGUUAACCGAUGGUCAUCGUGGUCAGGUACAAGUUGUUGUUAGUGGCAAUAAUGUAACCACAGCUACUAUUACUAAUGAUGGUGAUGGUGGCAAUGAAUCAUCUGGAUUAGAAACCGGAACAAAUCAAUGUUCAAGUCCAAAAGAUUCGAAUAAUAAUAGUGCACGAACGAAUACGAAUAAUAAUGGUAAAGAUAAUUUAUCAAUAGCCGUAGCUGUGGCAACUGGAGGUCAACAGCAGCAAUACUCUUCAACUAAUGGUAAUAAUCAUCAUCAUCAACAACAACAACAACAUCAUCAUCAACCUCAGCAGCAACAUCAACAGACAUCAUAUGAUUUAUUUUAUGCUGAUAAUGGUAAUGCUGGUGGUAAUCAUCAUCAUUUAGUAACCGUAUCGACUACUGGUCAAUUAAUUAAUGGUCAUGGUACACCUGUGGUUCAAUAUGCUGCCGCACCACAAUCUCAUCCUCAUCAUCAUCACGGUCAUCAUGGUCAUCAUCAUCAUAUUCAAUCACUAAAUCAACAACAACAACAACAACAACAGCAACAACAAGGACAGAAUGGUUCGACUGGUGGUGGCCAUGAAAGUCCACAAAUGUGGUCUCAUGAUAAUGUUGCUGCAGCAUCAUCUGCAUAUAUGACCGGUGGUAAUAUAUCACCAUCGAAUUUACAAUUUGCAGAUCCGGCCAAUCCUAUGGAAUCGGCAUCGAUUACGAAUCAGAAUCGUUUAAUCAAUAAUAUAAUAACAUACAAUGGAAAUUGUAAUGGAACAACUGCCACUACAGUAGCUAUGGCCAAUGGUUGGAAUUCGUUUCCAUUAUUUGAACAGACCGGUUAUACACCGGCCGCUGUUAGUGUAAUGACUGGCCAAUCAUCGACCGGUGUUGUCCAUACUAAUGGUGGUGUUGAAUUGGCUGGUUUACGUGUGGCUAAUCCUGCUAUCGGACAGAUUACUCAUUAUGGAAUCGUAGGAACAGCAGCUGCAACCAAUAUUCAUGGAACAAAUAAUGGAAAAGGUUUAAUGCCUGGAACUGGUACUGCGACAUAUUCAUUAUCACAUGAAACCGGUGCCGGCAAUGAUGGUGGUGCUUAUCUUGAUUUAUCACGUGAAUGUAUCAAUUGUUCAACGGCUACAACACCAUUAUGGCGUCGUGAUAAUUCAGGAAAUUAUCUUUGCAAUGCUUGUGGUAUAUUCAAUCGUUCCAAUGGCAUACAAAGACCAUCGAAUCGAUCGCAUAAAAAAACGGUUAACAAUCGUAGGGUAGGAUUGACAUGUUCAAAUUGUAAAACAACAUCAACAACAUUGUGGCGACGAAAUAAUUCAGGUGAACCUGUUUGUAAUGCAUGUGGUCUUUAUUUUAAAUUACAUAAUAUAAAUCGGCCAUUAUCAAUGAAAAAAGAAGGCAUACAAACACGAAAACGUAAACCUAAAGCUGCUACAACACCGACAACAACAGGAACAGCAACAGCGAUAGCUUCCGUUGGAUCAACUGGAAAUGUGGGACAAUUGGCAAUUGUAACGGCUGAUGUACCGGCCACACUUCAACAUCAUCAUCAUCAUAUGACAGCUAAACAAGCAAAAUAAUGGAAUAUAUACUCGCACUCACACACACACACACACACAAAUGACCGCCGGAAUUAUUUGCUUGGAUUUUCGGAUCAUCAUCUGGAUAUAUCUGGAUCAUAGGUAAAAAUAUCUCAAUGCUACAAACGCAUAUUAUCCGCAUCAUCAUCAACAACAACAACAACAACAUCAUCAUUCGAAUCAUCAUCAUCAA